GAUACAGAUUACUACAUACGAGUACUGUAAUAUUAACUGUUGAUAUUAAUGAGCUGAACAAUAAUAUUUACAUAAUUACAUUUUUAGUAAUUACUCGCAGCAUUUUAAGACUCUGGAAGGUUAUACAGACCCUAAUUCUGUUUUUUUUGUUGGUUCUACUAUAAUCUUAUAGUUGUUAGAUGUGAGAACAUUUCGUUCUUGGUUGCACUUGCUGCCAAAAGUUUUGUACCUGUGGUCGUGCCUGCAGCUUGCAACUUUAAGUUGCCAUGCCAAGAACGAACCAGGUGUACCACAGCAGCCCAACCAACGCUGCCGCGAAAACCCGUUUGGACAGACUCCUUGCUUUGGAUGAUGAAUUACAAGAUGAACUGAAUAAGCCCUUCCUGGAGGGAAAAUGUGUGAGUACCACGAAGUUCAAAAGCGGUGAACCUAUUCUCAGUAUGUCACAUGGAUUGUGGUAUGAUGCAUGCAUCGUCAGGUACACCGGCGAGCGCAGUAUUCCAUCGUCCAUGGAACCCGCCCGAGGUCAUGUAGCGGAUGAGAAUCUUCGCAAGGUUCCUUUAUGCGAAAUACAGUUCAAAGGAUGGCCAUGCAAGUACAACGAAAUUCUUCCCGAAUCGGAAUUGGUGAGCCGUGAUCUCAGCCGUGAUUGUUUCGAGGAUAUCUUCGGCAUUCUGUUGGCUCAUGAAUGGAACGAAUACCGCCGCGAACAGUUGGGUCUCACCAUGACUCAGAUGGGCAAAGGAGCCUUCUUCUUAACGGAAAACGAUUUGGCGAUGGUUGAAGAUUUAUGGCAGCACAGAGCUCGCACUGCUGUUCGAUUUGCGCAGUACGCGGGCCGAAUGGCUCCCAAACCAAAGACUCGGGGAUAAGCAGAAAGCGGUUCUGUUGCUUAAGUUUCUGUGGUCCAAAAUCCGGAUUUGUGCACCAUUCCACAAAAAAUGAAGGACAAAAAUUUUUAUUUCGCUUAGUGGAUUUCUGGAGCAGGCACCGAAAAUCUUUCUUAUUUUUGAGUUUCUUCGGUUUAUUCCCUGUAAGAUCUGAACGUUUUCUAUGUACAGAUGUAAUUUAUAUUUUAUCACCGUGCUGCAUGAAAUAUUCUGGUUGUUCAGUUCUUUUACGGGUGACCCAAUCCGGACUAAGGAGCGAUUUCUGUUCAUGGUUUUAACUACCGUUAGGUUAGACACAAGCCAUUCAGUGCUGAUACCAAGCUGAUACUGAAGUACAACUGCACUUGAAUGGUCCACCUGUUAAAGUCGAGUACUUACAUACAAAUAAAUUAU